GCGUUCCCCUCACUGCGCCGGUGACGUCAGCGCCGCCUGGGGAUGGCGCCGCCCUCUUAAAGGGGAAGCGGUGCUGAGGCGCUCCCGGGUGGGGUGUGGGCGCCGCUGCCGGGAACCGACGGGGGCGGAGCUGAGGAUGGGCGAGCCCGUGACGGCUUCUACGCUCGUCCGCUGCCUGAGCUACGGGCUCGUGAGGCGGCUGGCGGACUACAUCGACCCGCAGGAGGGCUGGAGGAGGCUCGCCAUGGAUAUAACAAAUCCGUCCGGUGAAGGCAGAUACAGCCAGAUGCAUAUAAGGAGAUUUGAGGCAUUUGUACAAAUGGGAAAGAGUCCUACAUGUGAGUUGCUUUUUGACUGGGGAACAACAAACUGUACAGUUGCUGAUCUUGUGGAUCUGCUGAUUAGAAAUCAAUUCCUAGCACCAGCAAGCCUGUUGCUUCAAGAACCUGUAAGGAUGCCACAAGAAGUUACAUUACCUCUUUCUUCACAGGAAACUUUGCCUAUGCAUGAGAAACAACUACCUGUACAGGAAAAAGAAGCAGCAUCUAGAAAGCCUGUUUUAGCUCAGGGUACUGAGAAGCAACAUUCAGAUCCUUCCCACUUAAGUCAAAAAACCAGCAGUUCACAGUCCAGUAACACAGAUUUCCAUAAUUUUUUGUUUCAUGAUUUGGAAAGCAUUACAAAUAAUUUUGAUGCCCGACCAGAAUCAUCUGGAGGUAAUAAACUGGGAGAAGGCGGCUUUGGCAUUGUAUUCAAAGGCUACAUCAAUGGCAGAAAUGUGGCUGUCAAGAAGCUCGUUGCUAUGGUCGAUGUUAGUGUUCAGGACUUGAAGCAGCAAUUUGAACAAGAAAUAAACAUGAUGGCAAAGUGUCAGCAUGAAAAUCUAGUAGAAUUACUUGGUUUCUCAAGUGAUGGUGCUCAGCCUUGUCUGGUGUAUGAAUACAUGCCCAAUGGUUCAUUGCUUGACAGACUUGCUUGUCUGAAUGACACACCACCAAUUUCUUGGAAUACAAGAUGUAAAAUUGUUCAAGGUACAGCAAAUGGCAUCAACUUUUUGCAUGAAAAUAAUCAUAUUCACAGAGACAUUAAAAGUGCAAAUAUCUUAUUAACUGAUACAUACAUACCCAAAAUUUCUGACUUUGGCCUUGCAAGAGCAUCUGUAACAUUCACACAGACAAUCAUGACUGAAAGAAUUGUUGGAACAGCAGCCUAUAUGGCACCUGAAGCUCUGCGAGGAGAGAUAACACCUAAAUCUGAUAUCUUCAGUUUUGGAGUAGUCUUACUGGAAAUAAUAACGGGUCUUCCUCCAGUAGAUGAAAACCGAGAGCCACAGUUACUGUUAAGUAUAAAAGAUGAAAUUGAGGAUGAGGAAGCAACUAUUGAGGAUUAUGUUGAUGAAAAGAUGAGUGACUGGGAUGUACCUUCAGUUCAUAAAAUGUAUUCAAUUGCUGAUCGGUGUCUGAAUGACAAAAAAACCAGAAGGCCAGACAUUAAGAUGAUCCAACAGCAUCUCCAAGAGAUUAAAACUUGACAUGUGUUUCUUCUGAUACACAAAGGUGUUUGUAAUGGAGUAGACACCAGUAGCAAAUAUUUAAUUAGCAAUUAAUGUGGCAUUAUCAGCUUUUCUGCUUUCCAGAACUUUCUGGACACAAGUAAGAUUGUGCUGUUGGCCUGUCCUCUUUCAGUUAACUGAGCAGCCCUUUCACAUAUCCUUAGCCACUGGGCCCUUCACAUGAGAACUUCUUCUGUGUUAACAAAUUGCAUCAUCUUCUCCACAGCUUUUUAAAUGCACUUCCAUAUUGGAAUCGAUUUUAUUAUUUUUAUUUCCAAGUUUCAAGUAUGUCUUCUACUAAGGGCAGACUUUGUAACAGGGCAGAAUGGUUUUUUCUGCAAAUUGCUUUCUUGAUCAGGUGUACUAGAUGUUCUACUGAAGACAAAACCAUGUAAUAGCUAUAAAUGGGGCUUAGUGUUGUCUUUUUGGGAAAAGACAAUAGCAUUACCCAUUUAGAACAAACUUCUAUUUAGGAUUUUAACUUGAGAGUCCAUAGGAGCAUGAAUGGUCUGGUAGUGUUAGUGAAUGUGACUAUAUUUCAAAAAGUCUUCUUGGCAUUAGUAUUUAGUCAAAUAAAUACUGCAAGACAUUUUCUAGGUUGUUUUUGAUUUCAGUGAUUCCUGAGCAAAAUAAUAAUCUUGCAGUGCAGAUGUAUUUGCACUUGCAAAUGCUUUCUUACAGUGAACUCUGUGAUGACAAACCAUUCCAUUUUUAUUCAUAGGAAGACUCUUAGCUACUUUGACUAUUUUAGGAGAGGAUUGAGUAUUUUAGUACUUUAGGAGAGGAUUCCCUAUGGAUUAUAAAAACAGUUGAUUUCUUUUGUUAAAGUGGUUGGAAUUACGCUGUUAAGACCAAUUGUGCAUUUUCCUUAGUCAAAUAAUUAAGCUAUUUUUAAUAUACAUAUGCACACAUAUUAAUUAAAUAUUAAAAUACAUUUCUAAAAAUGUAACACGGAAAGCUUUUUAAAAUAGGAACAUGGACAGAUCAAAGCAGACUAAAAAUGGAAUGAAAGUGACUAGUAAGAUUCCAGAUACUUUGGACCAAGUAUGAAAAUUCUACAAUUGAAAUAAAAGAUAGUAUUUUAUAUAAAUCCAUUUUGCACCUCAUGGACUUUCUUGGCAGCUCAGGGAUAGGAAAAUAGUCUGGCCUACAAUUAAAUUUGAAAUUCCAUGAUUAUCAAAGAUGUGACUGUAUUCAGGGAUAUAUAUCUCUUUGUAGAAAGCAUUUGAUUUCUAAUGUAUUUAUAUAAUGAGAUUUCUGGCUAUUAACUCAUUUUGUAAUGCCUUUUCAAACUGAUAUCUUAAUGUGGAAAAAGGGAUCCACCUAAACUGCUUCUAGCAUUAUUGAGUAUACAUUGUAAAAAGCUGUUAACAUAAAUAAAAACUCUGCAUCACUGGAGAUGAUUCUUUCUGCUAUUAAAACUUCUGAGCCUUGGAAAUAA